AUGGUCCGUCUGAUAGUAGUAAUAAGAUUAUUAAGAACGGAUUCUGACAUUGAUGUUAUUAAGUCCUACCUUACUAUCUUGUUAUUGGUCCUCAUGGUUGUGGGAAAAGCAAUUAAUUAUCCUAAACUUGAUGUUAAUCUUAUUGAAUGGCUAGCGAGUCAAUUAAGUGGUAAUAAUGAGGUCUUUACACACAUAAAUUAUUAUGUUAGAAAGUUUUAUCAAGGUUCAAAGAAUAUCGCUUUGAAAGUGAUGAAGAAAUCUUCCAUUCAUCCGGUGCCUAUAAUUGAUGACAUUGCCAAAAUCGCAAAAAACGAUCCUAAAUGUGGCUUUCGAAGUAAAUUGACUUAUAGUUUAUGUAAAGGUUUGGGAAAAAGUGUUGAUGAUAAUGAUAAUGAAUUCUGUGAAGAGUUGAUG